UCACUCACUGUCUCUCUCGCUGUUGCACUUGCUUCUCUCCAGCUCUGUCUCUCUGGCCCCCCUCUAGGCCCGAACGCACUUCUUUCUCUCCCUCCCCUUCUCUCUUUUUCACUCCCUUCUUCCUUCUCUCCCUGCUGCGCUAGCCGUCAUGCCACACACGGAGGACUAGACUGACAUGCCGUCCACGUGUUGCAGCGGGGAUUUGAGGAGCCUCUUUCUUCUGGUUUCACGUGCGGCCCUUCUACCAUGAGCAAUUCUACUCCAUCUACAGCUAAUGGCAACGACAGCACGAAGUUUAAAGGAGACCGAUCUCCCUGUGGCCCCUCCCGCGUCCUGCACGUCCGCAAGAUUCCCUUCGAGGUCUCCGAGGCCGAGGUCGUCUCUCUAGCGGUCCCCUUCGGCAAAGUCAGCAACCUGUUAAUGCUCAAAGGGAAAAACCAAGCUUUUAUCGAAAUGGCUUCCGAGGAAGCGGCGAUCACGAUGGUCAACUACUACACCACCGCCACCCCCCACCUCCGCAAUCAGCCCGUCUUCAUCCAGUACUCCAACCACCGAGAGCUCAAGACCGAUAAUCUGCCCAACCAGGGGAGAGCUCAGGCGGCGCUGCAGGCGGUGAACGCGAUGCAUUCUGGGAACAUGACCCUGUCUGGGUCCGCGUCCGCCGGCGACGGCGGGCUGAUGCCGGGGCAGAGCCCGGUGCUGCGCAUCAUCGUGGAGAACCUCUUCUACCCCGUCUCCCUGGAGGUGCUACACCAGAUCUUCUCCAAGUUCGGGACGGUGCUGAAGAUUAUCACUUUUACCAAGAAUAACCAGUUCCAGGCCUUGUUACAGUAUGCUGAUCCUAUGAAUGCUCACCAUGCCAAAGUGACUUUGGACGGCCAAAACAUCUACAACGCUUGCUGCACCCUGCGCGUGGAGUUCUCCAAACUGACCAGCCUGAACGUGAAGUACAACAACGACAAGAGCCGCGACUUCACGCGCCUGGACCUCCCCUCGGGCGACGGGCAGGCCACCCUGGACCCCGGCAUGACCGCCGCCUUCGGAGCCCCCGGCAUCAUCUCCUCCCCCUAUCCCGGAGCUGCAGGCUUCGCUCCCGCCAUUGGCUUCCCCCAACCUGCAGGACUGCCCAUGCAGUCCAUGCCAGGCGCCCUCGGACCCUUGACCAUCCCCACAGGAAGGAUGGCCAUCCACGGGAUGGCACCGACCGCUCUGCACUCUGUGCUCCUAGUCUCCAACCUCAACCCAGAUAGUAUAUCACCCCACGGUCUCUUCAUCCUGUUUGGGGUCUAUGGGGAUGUUCACAGAGUAAAAAUUCUGUUCAACAAGAAGGAAAACGCCUUAAUACAGAUGGCAGAUGCAACACAGGCACAACUGGCGAUGAGCCACCUCAACGGACAGAGGCUCCAUGGCAAGGUGAUAAGGGUGACCAUCUCCAAGCACCAGACGGUGCAGCUCCCCAGGGAAGGGCAGGAGGACCAGGGCCUGACCAAGGACUUCAGCGGCAGCCCCCUGCAUCGCUUCAAGAAGCCCGGCUCCAAGAACUUCCAGAACAUCUUCCCCCCGUCCGCCACCCUGCACCUCUCCAACAUCCCGCCUUCAAUCACUGAUGACAUUCUAAAGGACUUAUUUUCUGGCACUGGGUACACAGUUAAAGCCUUCAAAUUUUUCCAGAAAGAUCGCAAGAUGGCACUGAUACAGCUGGGCUCUGUGGAGGAAGCCAUUCAGGCUCUGAUCGACCUCCACAACCACGACCUGGGAGAGAACCACCACCUGCGAGUGUCCUUCUCCAAGUCCACCAUCUAGCAGCCACUCCUCACACCUGCAGACUCCACCCCCCCCACCCCCCCCACCCCCAUCCAUUCAAUUUACCCUUUUCUAUUACGAUCAAGAGAGACUACACUAGGAAUUUUACUAUGGAUAAUCGCAAACUGGAUUAGUUAGAAUAAGAGAUUGAUUUAAAUAAAAGACUACUGUAAUGCCUUCAGACAGAGACUGAGGUUUUUGUAAAGACCAUUCCCCCGAUGCACAAGGGAGGAUGUUGACACGCUCCGGCGAUUCGACUCAUUGACGCGUUCCUGACGGAGCGCUUCUGACGGUGAGCAAUUUGGACUCGCGGAAUUCCUCCGGAAACUCCCCGUGGUCCGGUGCGCAUCCGAACCCCGGCUUUGGCUCCGGACGAGCGGCUGGGAAUGCCUGCUGAGGUCCGGGCGAGGUGCACGGCACGGCCUCCGAACGUCUGGGAGCGGUUCACAGGAAGUAAGCAAAUGCUGCAUCUGCAAAAACCAGCCAUUUUGGUUCUGAAGAAGCGUGCGUGCGUGCGCAAAAAUGGGACUCCAGGAGCCGCAAGGCCUCGUUACAACUGAACCGAAUCGGGUGAACCCUUCCUCCCGCCCCAUAUCCGCUUCAUGUGCUCCAAGUGCCGCACGCAACCCGUCUCACUUGCCCGGAAAAGGGAAUUGUGGGUCGAGUGGGGUGCGCUGCCCAGGGAGGGGUUUUGUCACUUGAGUUGGCGGGAGCGUAUCACGGCGUUGCGCAAGGGAAAACCCUGUAGCCACGGCCCUGACCAAUGGGCCGUCUCCUUACUGUUCUGCCCUGACCAAUGGGCCGUCUCCUUAUUGUUCUGCCCUGACCAAUGGGCCGUCUCCUUUUUGUUUCGUGUAGCAGAAAGUCUGAGUGAUGACGACCUGGUUUCGGGUCUCGAUGAAAAUGUGGUUUUGUUACCGUACAACAUACAAUUUGCACCAGACAAAACCAGCCUUCACUUUUUCACAUUUUUAUUUAAAAAAAGAAAAAAAAACAUUCUGUGAAGGGGAGACUGUUCAAGACCUUCACACGAAAGCAAAUUAUUUGCAUGGGGUUGAUGGAGUGUAGCUGACUCGCUACAUGUAGCUGCCCCCCCUUUGGAUAAGCCCCCUCUCCCAGCUCAAACGCACCAGGUCUGCGCAUUUUCCUUUCGUCACGAUCAGAUCAGAUCCGCACCGGACAGCAGAUGGCGCUGUAUGUCGAGCGCGGGGUUGUCCUGCGUGACAAAGCGAGUGGUGAACUGGCUGGAAUUCCCCUGUCCCUGGAGCUGGUCUAUAGAGAGCCCGGCUUUUGCCCCCUCCCCCCGGAGUGGAGUCAUGAAUGUGAAAAAUAUGUGCUCCCCCCCAAACAAAAAAAGUUUUAUGGAUGGAAAGGUUUUUUUUUUUUUUUUUUUUUUUUUUCCCACCUCCACCCUUGUAUUUGAUUAAUUUACCAAGUGAGUCUCCUGCAUGCCUUUUUUUGUUGCUGUUUUUUUUCUUUCCUUUCCUUUCAGCCCCUUCUCCCUCUUCAGCUCCGCACUCCUCGCCGCUCUCUCGUUUCUUGCGUUGUUCCAGUCGCUCAGGUCCGGUGGCUUGUGAAGUCCGGAGCACGACGCCCCCGGCCUCCUCUCCCCCGCCUUACCCCUCGCCACAGACGACACGGUGCACCUCUGAUCAAACCAAAAAAAAAAAAAAACGGUAAAAAUCUAACGCGCACCUAACUGCUGAGGAGUGAGGGGCAGGCGGAGCUGAAACCGACAGGAGGCGUGGCCCGUGCCACUCACGCCGGCAGGGGGGGGUCAGGUGCAGCGGACGACCGAAUGAUGCCUCCCUCCUCCAAGCAGAAGGCUGUGCCGGGUUGCCAGGUUUCGCCUUAACAUUCCAAGGAGAUGGGGGAGCGUGGGCCUGCUAAGUAGCAUAAAACAGGGCGGGCGUUCCGAAGCUCAGUUAACCUUUUUUUCCAGUUUGAUUCCCGGAGGAGAAAAAAAAGAAAAGAAAAAGAUUUUUACAACAGCAAGGCGAGGGGCGACGUUUCUUCUGAACUAACUUCACCUGAAGCGAUACAACGGCAGACACUUGUUGAAUGAAAUCAAAAAAAAAAAAUUUUGUUUGUUUUGAAAGUUUACAGUCUUAAAUAAAACAAAACUAUUCAGGUCUAUAUAUCUUAAGGAUUGUCAAGAUUUUUUGAGAAAAAAAAGAAAGUUACUUAUUUUUGGUAAUUUGUUCUUUUUUAUGGAUGAGAAAAAAAACCUGAAACCUCAUGGGUUUUUGUACCACUAUAAUUAUUCAAGAAAUCAUGGAGAGAGAAAAAAAAUCAUAUUUACUGUGUAUUUACUUAAUUUCUUAUUACGUGCCUUAUUAUGUGCUCAUAAUCAAAUAGGUUUUAGAAAUUUUACCUAAGAUAUCUUAUGUACUAUUUUGUGGGGUUGGUGAGAGGGUUGAUUUAUUUUAUCUUCUUUUGUCUCGUAGGAGUUAUUUUUAGACGUGUAUUUUUUGUGGGGUCUCGAUGCUAUAUGGUCUUAAUUGGAAGUGUAAGUUCAUAUUUGGUGCUUUGAGUGCACAGUUUAGAAAAACUAAUAGUAAGCUAAAAUGUACCGUGUGUGCUGUGGGCUUCUGCACCCCCGUGUUAAACCGGAGGGGAGACGGAGAGAUCCUUUUUCCUUAACAACCGGGGCUCGUUGUCUUCAGCCGGCAUGAAUGUUGAAAACUGAAGGACUGCCUUAUUGUACCGAGCGGCACGCGACGCUCAGUUUCGCCCUGUCGAAACGACGGUAGCUUAAGCAUCUGACGGAGAAUGCGGUGAACUCGUAUUGAUGUGCAGCAUGACAAAUUGAUUUAUUUUAUUUUAUUUUAUUUUGGGUGUGAAACCAGUUGCAGCCCUGUGCCUAAAGCGGUCUGCAUUUGGCACAGUUAAGCUCCUUGACACACGCACUCCACCACUCGAAGCUUUUCAUUCAGAGACGAAGUGACUGAGAUAUUCAAGGUGCAUACCGGUCUGACGUACAGAUUUUAAGCAUCGUUAUUUGCAGAAACUAACCAGAAGAAAGCUUAUGGACUCACGAUGUGCUGCAUUUAUGUGGUGCUUUCUAUUCUUUAUCAUCACCGAAUUAAUAUAAAAGUAGCAUUAAAAAAUGUGUUUCAGGCCACUGUACCUCAGAUAGGCCUCUGUCUUUUGAAGUGACUGAUUAGAUUUUUUCAAAUGAUCCCUUUUCAUCCAUUGUUUUUUUUUGUGAUUUUAAAUGACGUUCUUUUGGAACUAUGCAACAAAAAAAGAUAUGUUUACACACAGUCCCUUUUAUCCAUUAUUCACAGUGUGAACAGAUGCAUAUUGCUUUAUAAGCACUUAUAUAAUACAUGCCUCUGUCUAACUUCACUGGAUGGCUAUGGAGUACUUCUUUUUUCCAGCUUAUUUAUUCAAUUCGUAAUUCAAACGUACACGUUGUGUGAAUUUUUCUUCAUCUGAACCCCCCAAAAGUCCACCCUUUUCCAUCGAACUGCUCAGCCCAUUCUAAUUUGUUGAAGUGUUUUUAUAGCUACAAUGUAUUCGCAUCAGGGACCGUUGAACUGGAGUCGGCACGUGCUGUGGGAAACCGUGGGAAGCUGUUUGGCUAAUGGUUUGAGCAGCCAGUGCUAAAAGAUGCUUCUUUGCUUAAAAUUAUGAUAUUUUCAGCACAAGGCCCAGUGACUCAUCGAUGCUAAGUACUGAGACCCGUAAAUUAACAAGUACAAAACAGCGAAGCAAAUAUAUUAUUGGUCAUUUAAAAUAAAAAUGGAUCAUUCAAAGAACUAAUUACUUCUUUAUUCAGCAAGCUACUGUGCAAUGUAAAGAGUAGUACAAUGUAAAGAGCUCAUUUCAAAGGACCUACUACUGCAGGUAGGCUACUAACAGUAUCAUCAUUUAGAGUAGGCCUACUAACAAGGUCAUUUCAUAAUUUUGAUUAAAUGAUUAAAAAUAUGAUUGUAUUUUCAAUCACUGCUUACCCCGAUUAUGGUUCCCCAAACGGUUGUGGUUUUUUAAAAUGCAUUUGGUGGAAUAGAGUAGCAGUGGAAUACAAACCUUCCCUGCCUACUUAAAGGAUUCUUUCCCCGCAGUUUCAGCUCAAAAAGAGCGAAAAACUUACGGCAAGCAUCUCCUCUGAGACAUUAGCAGUGCAUCUGCUGAGCACUGCGUCACGACUGAUACGGUUGUCUGUUCAAUCGGCCCUGCUCUGUCUGACACCAUCACAGAAACUGGGCUGAAAUCCUUCAUGAGAAUGUAUUCAGAACUCACGGCUGUUACUGACCAAAGGCAUCCAGACUGUUCAGAUAUUCUGUAUGUGCUGCUAAAAUCCGAAAAGGGUUUGACAAAACCACCCCAUAGGCAAUUUCUCCUUACCUUCCCGAGAGGCCCACAGCACGCACUCCUAUAUUUUCGGGUAUGCCCCUGUUUUUGCUGUUUUGGGUGAAGCUGUCUGAGAUCUCCCAUCUGUGUGCUUUUUUGGGGUUGUAGUCUUAUUUACUGUAUCUGAUAUUUUAUUCAUUAUAGGUUUUUUUUUUUUUUGGUCUGUAGUGUGAAGGUUUUUUUUUUUUUUUUUUACAUCUUUCUUCUGUUUCAUUUUGAGAGGGUAUGAAACUGGUUAAGGUUUGUCGUCUGUCAUUCUGCUUUCCCGCACGUGAGUUUUGAGUCUGCGUUAUGUUAUGGUGUUUGAAGAGAGCCCAGCCUUGAUCACAGCCCCAUUCCUCUGGUGAAUCCUGAAAAACCAUGAUUUAUUUAUGCAGAAAUAUAAGGAAGAUGGUGGGAUGGUGGGUCUCAUUGAUGAAGCACCUAUAUAUUGGCUCUACUGUUCAGUUACUUGCUUUCACUUUGCUAGCGUUUCUUUUUAUAAGGAGAAAAGCCAGACUCCUAACCUGUGUCACUGAAGCUGUACACUUAAUAUCUUCAAAUUCCUCUGGACUUUCAUAUACAAGACUUUUUGUUUCAUUUUGUUUUGCCUUGGCUCUCACUCUCUCCACCAAUUGUUACUAGUCAUGCGUGGACUUAACGGUUCUAGCGCGAUUUAACACAUUCUGAUUUGAAAUUUGUUUACUUACGCAGUAGACUAGAACACACAACGAUUCAUGUUUUAUUUCGAGUUUUAUACUGAAAAGUCACAAAUAAUACAGGACCAAAGUUUAUGUGCCUUCCAUAAAUCACGUAAGGAAAUUAUGUCCACCUUGUUAUCAAGUCAGUAGAAAUUGAUGGUGCGUUUGAAAGUAGUUCUGUUGACAUCGUCAGACACAUCAAGUCAAAAGUGACAAAAGUCAUUCGUUAUUCCAGUUUCCGGUAAUGUCCGACGCUUUCGUGUCUGCUUCCCUUGAUAAAAACGAGCGAAAUAAGCCAUAAAUUUCCCUGUUAAUACUGUAAUAAUGUCCGCAAAGAUCAUAGCGCGCACACUUUUCUAUUAUAAUUUAACUUUCUUUUGAACAAACUUUUCAGCUUUGCGAGAUGCAGAACUGCCACAUCCUUUUGUUCACAAAAUGCCUACUUUUGUAUGCUGUGCUUUAGUAGUAUGAAAUGGGCAUGUACUGUAUGGUGUUUCCCAACAGAAAGGAACCACUCAAAUUACAACUCUAGUUUGAGUUUAUGAAAAUCUUACGUAAAUAACGACGUUUUAACUGCACAUUGUUUAAAUAAGCAUUAUGAAGGUAGGUUUUUUUUUCAGAUCAAGUCGCAUAAUAUAAUUAAAAGAUAGCUUUAUUUGAAGUUGUUCAGGAAAAAGUAUGUUAAAGAAAUACACACAAACCAAAGGAACAUUUCACAAAUUGGAAUAAUAGUUUGUAACAUUUUAAAUGAGCUGUAUAUUAAAUCUAAGUCACUUUUCAGUUAAGAAAACUUGCGUAGAGCUUCAGAUUUUCCCAUUUUUAAUGGUGUGAAACGGAUAAUUUCUCAUGCUUUUUCCUUACCAUCACUAGGUUGUACAGGAGACGCUGAAAAUUUUUGAUUUUCAUUAAAGGGAGAAUCAGAGUGCGGCAGCAGAGGUUCAGAGCACUCAGUGUCUUAACUGAUAACACAUUUUUCCACAUUAUUCCACUUUGGCACGCCUCUAAGCACCCAAUUUAUUGGUCUGUUUGAAUGUCCCACCAACAGGAAAUUCAAAUGCUGUAAAUAUGUACCACGCCCCCCACCCCCACCCUUUUUUUUUUCUUUUCUUUUUUUUUUAAGCCUGGCCAAAAAGGGUUUUGGGAACAAAAUAACUGGUUUUUAUAUUUGAACCAAUGAACAGAAAAACACAAUUUGUCUUGUGUAUUUUGAUAACCCAGUACCAGCUUUCAUUUGUAAAGCAGUUUCUGUGACAUUGCGGGAGAGGGGGGGAGAGAAACAAGUGGUUUCCAUUUAUGUUGAGUUUGUAAUAAAAUGCAAAUAGAAGAUGAACUAUUAAAGAAACAUAUUUUCUAA